ACUGCAGUGAGGGGCUUCUCGGCCCACAAGGGGGUGUUGAAGGGGCGCUGGUCCCUCUCGGCUCCCCCCUAGAACCGCCCAUGCACCCUGUUGUAAACGAUGUUGUCUGUAUAUAAUAUUAUACAUAUGAUGUUUAUUAUUUCUUGAAAAUAUUUGCAAGAAAAUGGCUGUGGUAAGAGCGCGUCCCGGGGGCGUUCCUUCUGUACGUCAGGAACCGCCGCGGGCACGCAGCGCGCUCCCUCGUGUGUGUUUGUAAUAGACAACCGACUCUAAACUGCUGGUUUGUUUCUUGUGUGCCACAAAGAAGCACAAUGCUCCGCACCGUGAUUUCUCGAGCCCUUCCUAGACUGAGUCGGCCCGCGGUGUGUCACUUCACUGCGGCCGCCAUCCCUGCACCCAACACCCAGCCUGAGGUCCACUACAACAAGCUGUUCAUCAACAACCAGUGGCACGAUGCAGUGAGUGGGAAGACCUUCCCCACCAUCAACCCAGCGACUGGGGAAGUGAUCUGUCAGGUGGCAGAGGCUGAUGCGGUAAGAGACAUACAGACUGUGUGAAAACAUUAAUUUCUG